UCAAAAGGCACAACCAUAAAAGAAGCUCUUGGCAAAUAUGAAGAAAAGAAUGGAAAGGCAAGUGAGUGCAAGGAAGUGAAAUUAAUUGGAAUAUGCCCUCCAAUUGAGAAAAUGGAUGCCUCCUUGUCAACCCUUACAAACUGUGAAAAGCUGUCCUUGUCAACAAAUGCAAUAGAAAAGAUAGCCAAUUUGAAUGGUUUAAAAAACCUGAAAAUUUUGUCCUUGGGAAGAAAUAAUAUCAAAAGUUUGACAGGAUUGGAAGCCGUAGGAGACACAUUAGAACAGCUCUGGAUUUCUUACAACAUGAUUGAGAAACUCAAAGGCAUAAAUGUUCUGAAGAAAUUAAAGAUUUUAUGGAUGUCAAACAACAAGGUUGCUGACUGGAAUGAGUUCAACAAAUUGGCAGACAUGCCACACCUGGAGGAUCUUCUUUUCUAUGGUGA